UCACUCCACACCAACAGCAGCAGGCUCACCACACCUGCCGACGACGACGCGCAGACAAAUCCGUAUCCGCGUCACGAAACUCUCGUGCACAACUUCACGCACGUAAUAUAAUAACAUUAUACGCGAACGCGCGCGCAUAUACAUAUUGUACGCUCAUAUAAUAUAUAUAUAUGCGUGUUGUGAUUUUUUUUCUUCUUUUAUUUGGUUUUUUGCGCUCUUUUUCUUUUUUCUUUUCUGUCCCCUAUUCCGCCGGACCGGAGAAACAUGCGGAUCGCAUAGCCGUCUCACCACGAUAGCGUAUUGUUUUUUUUUUUUUUUUACAACUUCACCGCAGCAUUACAACUGCCCGCGCCACCCGACGACGACAAUUAUUAUAACACACAACCAUACCUGUAGUAGUUGUAGUAAUAAUAAUAAUAGUUUAUAUUAUUAUUUGAUAUUAUCUCGCGACGCCUGCCGCUGCUGCAGCCGUGUUGUCCAACACACACAGACGUCCGCCGAGCGGUCCACUCCCGAGUCUCGCACCACAAUACAUCGUCGUCGUCGUCAUCGUUAUUUGUCACAUUAAUAUUAUUAUUACAACAGUUCUCUCUCGUCGCGUCGCACAACCAAUCGUUUCGCCGCAUAAACAACACACGGAUUGCAGUGUUAUCACCGCCGCCGCCGCCGCCACCGUUACCGUUUUUUUAGCAGUCGCCGUAAAUUGUCGUAGCACAUUAUUCGCUCACGCCCGGCUCCGUACACGAUAAACGAUCAACAUGUCAGACGACAAAGUAAUUGGUCACCGGCUCCAGAGUUUCAAGCACAGAGGCAAAACCGAAAUCGAAAGGCGAAGAAUUAGAAGCGAGGCCACUGUUGGGCUAAGAAAAAACAAACAAGAACAAGAGUUAAUGAAACGCAGAAAUGUUGGUGAAGUAUUGAAUGAUGAUAUAGACUUGGAAAAACCUUUAACUGAACAUGACCUACGCUCUUUGGUUGAAGAAGCUGGUAGUACUAUUCCAGAUGUACAACUUAAAGCCAUACAGUCUGCAAGGAAAUUGCUUUCAUCUGAUCGCAACCCGCCAAUAGAUGAGCUUAUAAACAGUGAAAUACUUCCAAUCUUGGUUCGUUGUUUAGACGAGCAUAAUAACCCAACAUUACAGUUUGAAGCAGCGUGGGCCCUAACCAAUAUUGCAAGUGGUACAUCCAUGCAAACUCAGGCAGUUGUCUCAGCAGGAGCUGUUCCAUUGUUUUUAAAUUUAUUAAAUUCAUCCAAUCAGACAGUUUGCGAACAAGCAGUUUGGGCAUUAGGAAAUAUUAUUGGUGAUGGUCCGCAACUACGUGACUAUGUUAUAAGUUUGAGUGUUGUGCCAAGAUUACUUCUCUUUAUCAAUCCGGCUAUACCGAUAACAUUUAUGCGGAAUGUGACAUGGGUUAUAGUUAACUUGUGUCGAAAUAAAGACCCACCACCGGCACAACAUGUUAUAGAUGAACUUCUUCCUGCUCUCAAUUAUUUGAUUAAUAAUAAAGAUAUUAAUAUUCUUGUUGAUACUGUUUGGGCUAUCAGCUAUUUGACAGAUGGAGGAAAUGAUCAAAUUCAAAGAGUUAUUGAGAGUGGUAUAGUACCUAAUCUAAUACCACUAUUGUCACACAAAGAAGUGAAGGUACAAACAGCAGCAUUGCGUGCAAUAGGAAAUAUUGUUACAGGAACUGAUGAACAAACACAAAUAGUUCUUGAUGCUGGUGCAUUAUGUCAUUUUCCAGCUUUACUUUCUCAUUCAAAAGAAAAAAUAUGCAAGGAAGCUGUUUGGUUUCUUUCUAAUGUUACUGCUGGAAAUCAAGUUCAAGUUCAAGCUGUCAUAGACGCUGGUCUGAUACCAAAAAUAAUAACGCAUCUAUCAAAGAGUGAAUUCCAAACACAAAAAGAAGCAGCCUGGGCAAUUACUAAUUUAACUAUCAGUGGAAAUAGUCAACAAGUAGAUUGUGUUAUCAGUGCAGGGGUUGUUGCUCCCCUUUGUGCUCUGUUGUCUUGUCAAGAUAGUCAAGUUAUUCAAGUAGUUUUAGAUGGCUUACAAAAUAUGCUUAAAAUUGCUGGUCCUGAUGUUGACGCCUUAGCUAAUUUGAUUGAAGAAUGUGAAGGCCUUGAUAAAAUUGAACAACUUCAAAAUCAUGAAAGUGUUGAAAUUUACAAAGUUGCAUUUGAUAUCAUCGAGAGAUAUUUCUCAGAGGAAUCAGCUUCACCUACACAACCUCCAUCAUGCUUCGAAUUCAAUCCGGCUACAACAAACACUCAGUUUAAAUUUUAGUUUUUUUUUUAACUAUUAUUAAUUUUUUUUUUUUAUAAUAUUCAGUUAGCGCGACCACUUGGACAAUAAAAUAUUGUACCUGUGAUUUUUAAAAUCAUUCGCGUUGCUUUAUAUCCAAUUUUGAAUCAAUUCAUACUAAUUCAAUCUAAAAUUAUUUUUUCACGUCCACUUUCAAAUUGAUAGUGUGUAUCAAUUUGUUAACUAAACCUUGGCCAAAACUGAAAGAAGAAGAAGGGAGAAAUUGAGCUUUUAUUGGAAAUAAAAUGUUAAACAUAUUAUUGUGUAGCAAAUAUAUAAAAAUAUUUUUUCAAUUUUAUAUUGUAUGCAUUGUGUGGUUAAUGAAAUAUUGAUCACAAUUUGUUGAUACAAUUGACAUUAGCCAUUUUAAUUCUAGUUCUGAGUAUUUCAUGCAUCUGGAUAGAUCAAUUUAUUUUCAUAGUAAUACAUGUUUGGUGUUCUUUUGGCUCCAAUGAAGCUAAUUAAUAAUACAUUUAAAAUAAAUUCUGUUAGCAUUUUAUAAUCCAUUUGACAUGCUAUAAAUCUUAAACAUUUUUACACCACUUAUUAAAUCUAAGUUAAUUUAUUUGAUUAAUUAGUUGACAUAGAAUUAUUGUCAAAUUUAAAUAUUAGAAUACGAUUAACUGUAAAACCAUGUACCAUGAAAUAUUAUUUGUAUUUAAUUUUAUUAAGUCCAUAUAGACAAAGUUUCAUUUUGUUUAGAAAUAAAAAUAAAAUCCCAGAUAAUGUUUGUAAAAUGUUUGACUAUUAUGUUCUCAAUACAUUUGGAAUGUAUUAAUUUUGCUGAUUUUUUUGUUUUAACUAUGUUGACAUUUUAAAAUGUCCGCCCAUCUGUACAUUUAAAAUAGUACAAUCUCAUAUGGGUGGAAAACUAAAAGUACCAUGAAUAAUAUAACAUAACUCUUGUUUCAAUAUCUUAUGCAAUAAAAUAAUAAAUAUCAAAUAUACGGUUUAACAUGUUAAACUCAAUUAUUUUUACUAAGAGCAAAUAGAUGUUUUAUUUAUGAUCAUGAUUAAUGAUAUUGGCCAUCUAAAUAAUGAUAAUAUUUUUUUUUAUAUACAUAUUAUAUUAUGUUCAGCUCAAUUUCACCCUUUUUAAUUGUAAAUCUAAUAUGUUAUAUCCGUGAUAAUUUUUGAAUGUAUUUAGUAUUGUUAUUAUAUCUACGUAUUAUAGAAUUUUUUUCAUUAAAACAUAAUUUUACUUCCAGGUCACUAUUAAUAAAUGUAAUUCAAAAUGUAAAAUAUAAUAUCAAGCCUAUCA